UCCGCGUCAGCGCCGGCGGGGACUCGGGGAGCGCGUCGGGCCCAGACCCGCUUGCCUUCACGCGGCCCGCGGCGGCUGCGCCAGGUGGGGCCCGCGUCGCCGGCCUUCCUUCCUUCCGCCCGCCCGCCUGCCCCGGAGUUAACCGAACGGCAAUGAGGAGCUUCUUACAGUGAAAGGAAAGUAGGUCGCACCCACUGAAAAUGCCUUUAAGGGACAAAUACUGUCAGACUGACCACCAUCAUCACGGAUGCUGUGAACCAGUUUAUAUCCUGGAACCUGGAGAUCCUCCUUUGUUACAGCAACCACUACAGACAUCCAAAUCUGGUAUUCAGCAAAUAAUUGAGUGCUUUCGAUCAGGAACCAGACAACUUAAGCAUAUUUUAUUGAAAGAUGUGGACACAAUUUUUGAAUGUAAAUUAUGCCGCAGUCUCUUCAGAGGAUUACCUAAUUUAAUUACCCACAAGAAAUUCUAUUGCCCACCAAGUCUUCAGAUGGAUGACAACCUUCCUGACGUAAAUGAUAAACAAAGCCAAGCCAUAAGUGAUCUCCUAGAAGCCAUAUAUCCAAAUGUGGAUAAAAGAGAAUAUAUUAUUAAGUUAGAACCCAUAGAAACGAAUCAAAAUGCAGUAUUUCAAUACAUUUCAAGGACUGAUAAUCCUACUGAAGUUGCAGAGUCAAGUGGUACUCCUGAGCAAACUGAAGUUCAGAUACAGGAAACUAGCACUGAACAGUCUAAAACAGUAACAGUUACAGAUGCAGAGGUGGAAACCGAAGAACCUCCUCCUGUUGAGAUUGUUGCUGAUGAAGUUGCACCAGCAUCUGAUGAACAACCUCAGGAAUCACAGCCUGACCCAGAAACUUCUGACAAUUCUGAUUUUGGUCACCAGUUGAUAUGUUGUCUGUGCAGAAAAGAAUUCAAUUCUAGACGAGGUGUUCGUCGUCACAUUCGAAAAGUACACAAGAAAAAGAUGGAAGAACUAAAAAAGUACAUUGAGACACGAAAGAAUCCAAAUCAGUCCUCUAAAGGACGCAAUAAGAGUAUUCUAGUUUCAUUAAGUAGGAGUUGUCCAGUAUGUUGUAAAUCAUUUGCUACAAAAGCGAAUGUAAGGAGGCAUUUUGAUGAAGUUCAUAGAGGACUAAGGAGGGAUUCAAUUACUCCAGAUAUAGCAACAAAGCCCGGGCAACCUUUGUUCUUGGAUUCUGUUUCUCCUAAAAAAUCUUUUAAGACUCGAAAACAAAAGUCGUCUUCAAAGGCUGAAUACAAUUUAACUGCAUGCAAAUGCCUCCUUUGCAAGAGGAAAUAUAGUUCACAAAUAAUGCUUAAGAGACAUAUGCAAAUUGUUCACAAGAUAACUCUUUCUGGAACAAACUCUAAAAGAGAGAAAGGCCCUAAUAAUACUGCCAGCAGUUCAGAAAUAAAAGUUAAAGUUGAACCAGCAGAUUCUGUAGAAUCUUCACCCCCUUCCAUUACCCAUUCUCCACAGAAUGAAUUAAAGGGAACAAAUCAUUCAAAUGAAAAAAAGAACACACCGGCAGCACAGAAAAAUAAACUUAAACAAGACUCUGAAAGCCCUAAAUCAACUAGUCCGUCGGCUGCAGGUGGCCAGCAAAAAACAAGGAAACCAAAACUUUCAGCCGGCUUUGACUUUAAGCAACUUUACUGUAAACUUUGUAAACGUCAGUUUACUUCCAAACAGAACUUGACUAAACACAUUGAGUUGCACACGGAUGGAAAUAACAUUUAUGUUAAAUUCUACAAGUGUCCUCUUUGCACUUAUGAAACUCGUCGAAAACGUGAUGUGAUACGACAUAUAACUGUGGUUCAUAAAAAGUCAUCUCGCUAUCUUGGGAAAAUAACAGCCAGUUUAGAGAUCAGAGCUAUAAAAAAGCCUAUUGAUUUUGUUCUAAAUAAAGUGGCUAAAAGAGGCCCUUCAAGGGACGAAGCAAAACAUAAUGAUUCAAAACAUGAUGGCACUUCCAAUUCUCCUGGUAAAAAGUAUGAGGUAGCUGACGUCGGUAUUGAAGUGAAAGUCACAAAAAACUUUUCUCUUCACAGAUGCAAUAAAUGUGGAAAAGCAUUUGCUAAAAAGACCUAUCUUGAACAUCAUAAGAAAACUCAUAAGGCAAAUGCUUCCAAUUCACCUGAAGGAAACAAAACCAAAGGCCGAAGUACAAGAUCUAAGGCUCUUGUCUGCCUGGGGAAGCCAUCGCCCCGCAGCGCCACCAUCCUGCGCCCGGCCGCCCCCGGGAGCCGCUGCCCGCCCGCAGGCGCUGUCACCACGCGCCAGGCUGCUGCCAGCUGCCGCGCCAAGCUCCGCGGCGCCGCCCGGGAGCGCCAGCACGCGCCGCGCGGCCUCGGCAAGCCCGCAGCCCCGUGAGCUGAGCGCAGCGCCGCCUCGGACCAGCGCCCGCGCAGCCCUGUACCUCAGGUGCCUCUGCCUCGCCCUCCGGACCUGCGGAGCGCCGGGAAGGCCACCAUCGGCAGGCAGCUCCUGACCCUCAGCCUGUUCCCAGACCUCCUGUCACCGCGCCCUGACCAAAUCUGUUUACCCCAAGCCCCUCAGGACCAUGUGCCUUAGGGCCGGGGACAGGUGGCCCCUGGGCUGGUCAUUGCUGCUCCUAGAGCGUGACUUCAUCCUUCCUGCCAGAAGCCUGGCUUUGAGAAUCUGUCACAGGACAAGUUUCUUUUUCUUCCUUGUCAGAAUUUAUAGACUUCCUGCUCCCAGUUGGUAUCUUUCAUUAUUAGUGGUAAAGACUAGCUAAGACUAAUUAGUCGUCUGCACCUCAAGUUCUGUUAUCAUGCUAGCUCCUGCCCCUCGUUACUGCCAAGUGGCAGAAGAUUAUUUUAAUAGCUGUGUGUAUCCCCAGUGACUAUGAAGUGGUUGACAUAACCUUGAGUUGUGUCAUUUACAACUGUGAUGAACUUGAACUCUAGAGUUCAGUCCUCUCCUACCUGUAACUUUCUCUUGGCCAUUUCUUUCCUUUUGAGUCAGUCCUUGCUUCCACAUUCUAACCUUGUCAUUAUUAGAAUCGGUAACCUCUGUGGAAUCCCAUGUUCGGGGACCACAGGAAUGUACCUCUCACAUCUGCUCCAGGGAAGAUGGGUGACUGACAGCCCCCUUCCUUCCUGGGAAUCCACUGCGAAGUGCUUCUUCUGGGCCACUCCUUGUCAGUGACUGACAGCAGGCUGUGUACUGAUGAUGACCCGUUUAUGUGAGAUGCAAGAGGCCCCUAUGAGCUAUUUGGGCCCGGGGACCUUUUAACGCCUGGCUGAACUUUCUUAGAACUGUGUUGCAUUGGUCUGGGGCUCUUGCCCCAUCUUCCUCUCCUUUCAUAGGUGGGUCAGACCUGCCUUAUGGUGUGAAGGCUCUCUGCCCCUCUCUUGCUUCCCUGCCUUUAUCCUUCAUAGGUGUCCCCUCAGUAGGACUCUCGCACGUUGAACCAUAUCUUAGUGUCUGCUUCUAGGACCUGAACUAAUACAUUUCAGACAUUCCACUUGCUGCUCACCAAUUUCUAUCCUGGACUUUUUGCUCAUUGACAGCUAGUUCAUUAACCUCAUUUUUCUCCACUUUGGUCGACCCUUGUCUUAGGUGCAAUGUCUUCUCACGCCUAGAUUCCAUGCUCCAUUUUUAUAAUUCCAUUCCUUGAAAUGCAGUGCUCUCAGCUCUUAAACUUCAGUUCCUUCCAAGCUAUUUCUUGAGAAAAAUCCCAAUCCUUGUUAAACCUUACCAUCUGCUGGCAUAGGCUUGACUGAGAUAACCGAACAUUUUCUUUAAGAAAAUCACAAAAUUCCAGCAACAACUUUUUCUUUCAGUCUGUUAUCUGAAACCUAAAAUUGGUGCUGUUCCUAUAUAGUCUCAGUUUCCUGUUUCUAAAACUUCUGCGCAUGUUUUCAAUUUCUCAAAGUGCUCUGGUCCCCUUCUCCCGGUUUACUUCAUAUUUCAACGAGAAAAAUAGGAGUUACUAUGUAUAAACUUCUCAUCUUUCCACAAGACUGGCCCAGCUACUUUGGGAACUGUCUUCCUUUUUUGUGACUGUAGAGGUCGUUUCUAAGAUCAGUCCUUCCUUUUGUCUCUGAAUUUUACCCAGGACUGAGUUUUCAGGAACUUUCCCUGUAUGUUUUCCCUUUCUCUUUUCUGCAUCCCUUUCUCCUCAGUGGAUUGUACUCCAGCCUUGAAGCAUAGUCCAGUAUCUUCAUUUGAUUUUCCUUUGUGCAAGUCAUCUCCAUCCAUAGCCAAUUUUCAGCUCUUCUUUAUAACCACACUUCUUUAUGGGGUUGUCCUUUUAUGCUGUCUGUGUUUUGUAAUCUCUUUCCUUUUCAGUCCACAGUGACUCAGUGUCCUCAUUAUCACAGAGACAGCACCCUUAUUAAUGUCACCAGACAUUUCCAUACUUCCCAGUCUAAAAGGGUGCUUUGCUCUCCUCACCUUGAUCACUACUUCUUUAAAUGUUUUCUCUUCAAUUCAUGGUUCACUCCUGAAUUUCCUUCUGUGUUACUACCCAGUUUUAUUAUACAUCUUCUGUAUUAUAUUAAAAAGUUGAGAGUUUUGCUUACUUCCCGGUCCUUCUUUUAUUUCUGUGUUCUUUUUCAGGUAUCUUACCAGUUUUCAUAGAUAUAAGUACCAUCUCUAUCCUGAAAUGAUUUUCACAUAUAUAUAUCUCACCUAGAUCUAAUUGCUUCCUUAAUUUCUUCCUUUGGUUGUCUUAGAUCUCUCAAACUGAACAUUUGCAAAAAUCUGAUUUGCUUUCUUACCCCAAACCUCAUUUCCCUAUUGCAGUAAAUUAUACUACCUUUCAGCCAGUUGUCAAGCCAGAAACCUGAAAAUCAACUUUGCUCCUUUUAAUGACUUAUUCUCUACGACAAGUAGAGCACUUAAUUUAUCAGUUUUAUUAUCCAGAUAUGUCUUUAUGCUCUCUAGUUCUUUCCAAGUUCAGUACCAUUACUUAGUCCGGAUAGUAUGUUUUCUCACCUGAAUAUUGUGACAGUCAGUCCUGCUUGGUCUGUCUGCUGCCACUCUUGAUCCACUUCAAUAUGUUUUUGGCACAGUGGCAACUAUGACCAUUCUUAUAAAUUGAAUCAAAUAAACUGUUGCUUAUGGGAUAAAAUCUAAACUCUUUACUGUGGUUUAUUCAUCCCAGCAUACUCUGACCCUAACCGGUUAUCUAACCCCACCUCGGCUCCCCUCGAUUACUUGUCAUAAUGCAGCCACUGCUGACUCCUCCAACAUGCCAAGAUCUUUUGUGCACCUCAGGGGCUUGGUAAAUGUGUUCUGUGUGACUGAGCUGCUCUUCAUUGCCACCUGCUGCCCCAUUGCGCUGCAUCCUUUAGAUAUGCAGAUAUGCACUUGGAUACCUUUGAAAAAGGCCUUCCUGGAGCACCCUAUGGAAAGUAUUCCCCGACUUCUCAUUCCAUUUGUUGUCUCAGUCUUUUGUUUGUUACCUUAUUUAUUUAUCUAUUUACUUUUUUUAGUGGUCUGUUUCCCAUCCUAGAAUGAAUAAGGGAAGAGACUGUGUAUGAAUGUCUCCAUUCUUCAACGUUGUAUUCUCAGCCCCUCCAUGAUAUUUGGCACAUGUUAGGUGCACAAUAAAUAUGAAAAUAAUGAAUGAACACACAUGCCAGUUUUUCUGUUGAGUGUUCACUUUAUCAGUUUAUAAGAGCUCAUUAUAUAUUAAAACCACUAACCCUUUUUUUUUUUUUUUCUGUAUGCUGCGGACAUUUUACCUGUCCUCAAAUAUGUACCAAGUUAAUUCAUGAUAUCUUUGAUAUACAGACAUACUGUAUUUUUCAUUAGAUUAUUUUUUUCAUGAAUCAUAUUAAUGUUAUAUAAAUAUCUGUCCAUGUUUCUUUUUAAUUUUUUUAGAAUCUUUACUCCAAAUGGAAUUUAUUUUUGAUAUAGAUGUGAUUUGUGAUUAAGGGUCAAAAUAUUUAUUUAGGUGUUACAUCAUCAUGUAUUGAAAACUCCCUUUUCUACUGUUUUGAAUAUUCCACAUUUAUCAAAUAUUAAAUUCUUACAUAUACUUGGAGUGGUUUCUGGAUUCAUUGUUUUUUGGUAAUCUCUGUUACUGAAUGAUGUUAUUUAAAUUAUUGCUUUACUUGUGUUUAACUUUUCAGGGGGAUAAAUGUUACUCUUCCUUUUCAAAAAAUAUUUGGCUACAUUUGUGCAUUUAUUCUUCUAGAUAAGUUUCAGUUAUAUUUUGGUCAAGCUUUAAAAGAAAUUCUUUUGAUGGUUUUUAGCAUUGUAGAUUAUACUUUAAAAUAGUAUAGUUUAUUUGGGGAAGAAUUGCUAAUUUUGUAAUACUGUUUCCUCUUCCAGAAUUUGUCACAUGUCAAAGUUACUAAAAGCAUCCUUUAUGUUCCUCAGUAAUUUUUAAGUCCUGCUUAUGCUUAUGAGUUAUAUUAUUAGAUAUUUCAUGUCUUUGUUGUUGAGUGGAAUUAAAAAAAAAUAAAUGUAUGCUUCUUGGGGAUCAAGUAAUUUUUUUUAUUUGGUAGCUUUUUGGAACUGAUUCAUUCAUCCUCCUUAUUGAGUAAAUAGUCAAUCAUUUCUGUAUAAUGAAUAAUUUUUUCUUGUCCUUUACAAUAUUUAUAUCUCACAUGCUAAAUAAAUGAUGGCAAGAUUUUGCUCUUAUUUCUAACUUUUUAAGAAUGCCACUAAUAUUUCACCAGCUUUUAAUGUUAGCUCUUGGGCUGAAAUAAAGGUCUUUAUCAGGUUUUCCAGUUCAACUAAACAUUUUGUUGGAAGUUGUUGAUUUAUAUUAAACAUAUUCCAAGUAACUGGAGAUUACCAUGUGGUUUUAGUCUUACGAUCUAUUAUCACAAUACACCAUGCUUAUAGAUUUCUCAGUAUUGGGUUAUUUCUGCUUGAGAAGUAUCAUUUUUCAUCAUGAUAGGUUUUUUAAAAUAUAAUGUUAAAUUUGAUUUCUUACAUUUUAUUUGGGAUUACUGGAUUUAUAUUUAUGAAAAAGAAGAGCUUGGACUGUAGUACAUUUUUGAAUUCCACUUUAUCAGCUUCAAAAAAUGAAAAUUUUCAUGUUGGUCUAUGUUCUAGAUUAGUACAUAUUAUAGGAAUAGUCUAUUUUUUGAAGUUUUGGAGGAACUCACCCAUAACACUAUUUAGGCCUCAAGCUUUUUCAGGGUGAGUGAGUGGAACUUAAUUCUCUGAGAACUUUAAAAGAAAAAACUUCUAUGGUUUUGGCCUAGACAGAUUACUAUUUCUUGAGUAUCAAUUUUAAAAUUAUAUUUUUAAAGAAAAUCAUGCAUUUUCAUAGAAUUUUAAAAAUUGCUAGCAGAUUUGUACAUAAAAUUAUAACUAAUAUUUUCUCAUCUAUGAUUAUAGUUUCGGUUCUAAUCUUUUUAGUUGCGUUUUUCUUUUAUUAGAAUUGCUACUCUUUUUAAAGAACCAAUACUUAGAUAUUUUAUGAUUUUAUUUUUUCUAAUGUAUAUAUCAGUAUAACUUUUCAUCUUUAACUCUUAUUUUUAUCCAUAUUGUUUUAAGAAUGCUUCUUUAUAAUUGAUGCCUUAGUUCAUUUAUUUUUAUUUCUUAUUUAAUAUGACACAUAAGACUAUAAGUUUAUCUCUGGGCAUAUCUUGACUGCAUCCCAAGAGUUUUGGUAUGUAGUUUCUCAAUGUUACUAUUUAAAAAUAAUGGACGAUAAUUGUUGUUUCUAUUUCAUUUUUGACAUGUUAUUUAGGAUAGUGUUGUGAGGUUUUGUUAUUGUUAAUCCUAAUUUCUUUAAUAAAGAGUAAGUUUAUUAAUA